CCUAUUUCCGCGAGCACCACGAACCUCGUUUCGGGAGCUCCAUGUCAGCUUCCCUCAUCCACGCAGUCAGUUCUGUUAGCCCCAGUCGCCCGCAUCCAUGCAUCCCUAUCGACCUUCGCUGCCCGCGCUGCUGCUGAGCCUCUGGCUGAUGCUGAGCCUCUGGCUGCUGCUGAGCCUCGCACUGCCCGCAGCGGCCGUGACGCCCAGGGACCAGGAGAUCACCGUAGUCCCCGCGCAGUCUCCGGCCGUCGGACUGCCACGCGGGAUCCUGCAGCUGGCGGGGAGCACGGCGCUGCAUUUCUUCAACUUCCGUGCCGGCUCGCCCAGCGGGCUGCAGGUGCUGGCCGGCGUGCAGGAGGGCCGCGCAUGGGUCGACCCUCAGGAGGGAUGUGAAGUGGACUUGGUUUUUAGCACAAAACCCUACAACCCAGAGCAGGAAGGUGAGGAACGUUUGGGCAGAUGUUCUGCGAGGGUGUUUUUCAAGAAAAAUAAACCCAGGCCGGCCAUUAAUGUAACCUGUGCACGGCUCAUUGAGAAAGCCAAGAGACAAGAAAAGGAUUAUGUACUUUACCAGCAGAUGAAGCAAUUGACGACUCCUCUGCACGUCAUCAGCAUCCCAGACCCUUAUGGACACGUUGAUCCCUCACUGAGCCCCUUCCAGGACUUGGCUUUUCUCGGCAGCUCUUAUGUGAUGUGGGAGAAGACAUCCCAGCAUCUGCACUACUCCAUGGUCCAGCUCAGUAGUGUGAAGCAGUUGAAAACGAAUGACGAUGGUGUGGACUUUGACUUCACUGUUCUACUUCAUGAAUUCUCAACUCAGGAAAUCAUCCCCUGCCGUAUUCAGCUGCUCUGGUACCCUGGUAAACCGCUUAAAGUCAAGUACCAUUGUCAAGAACUCCAGGGCCCAGACGAUGGCUCUGGAUCCGGAUCAGCUAUGGAACCAACAGAAUUUAGUAAUUUUGAAAGAGAAAAAGACAAAGUGCUUCUAUCAAAUCCUACUUCAUCGUUCCUGCAUAAGCAAAGGUCCAGGCGACCUGGGCAGGCAAGCCUGCACUAA